AAAAAACAGGGCGUUAACGUUUAAAGAAAUACGACGCUUUUAUGCAAGCAGUCCAUCUAGGUAAGACUUAUUCCUAUCCUUAUUCUAUUACUAAAGGCAAAUUAAUUUAAGUUGUCGUGAUAAUAAGCAUAUUUCGUAGAAACAGAUAGAUUGAUAGUUUGUGUUACAUCAUACGUGCCGUUGAUUAUGUACAAGGCUAAAAUGUCGUUUGAUAUUUCGUAACGGUAGUUGGUAAACACUAAACACACACACCCAUAUAUAGGCAGCAAAGCGGCACAUAGACGAAUGUAUCGUUUUGCUCGAGUAGAUUCAUGUUCAUUGUUCUCCGCAGCUAGAACGUGAAAUACUCGGAAUGCUUCUCGUGUCAUUCCAACAUGGAAAGCUGUUAUUUAUCUGCUUUGCGAUUGGUGUAAAACGGAUGCGAGAAGUUGAAAUUAUUCGCAUUCUUUAAUUUUUUAUUUCUUUUUUGAAUUUGUGCGUUGCGCAGUUAAAGUUUACUUUUGAAAAUUCUGCCACUGUGUAAAUUAUGGUCUUAUCUCGUAAUUAGACUCAUCAAAUUAUUCUUAAAUUUUCUCGUAAUAAGAUUCGAAAAUCAAUUGAACGUUUUAAUAGUUUAUUCGGUCUUGAACCUCGUAUAUGUAGACCAAGUUGCUAUCUAUAACUUUCAUUAUAAAUACCUAGCGAUGUUUCAUUUCUUGUCCCCUUUCUAGCCCGAUAAGAAAACAGAAAACAUACGAGGCAUUUCUUUAAAAAAAUAAAUAAUAAAAUGAAAUGUGAACCUAUUCCAGAGCUGCCAAGUUAGCCUCUUUGUCGUUUUCCGAGUUGAGAGACCUUUUGAAAGCAAAGCUUUAGGGUCGUCGUCGUAAGAAGAGUCUACAUCCGAUUUCCGAAGGUAUUCAGACGCCGACAAAGGAAGCUCACAACAAGUCAACCUAAAACGAGAGGAGCGUAAUCGUGUGGCUCACAACGCAAGUGUCGCUCGGCAGACAUCGGCCGCUCUACGGCCAAGUUCCGUCUCUUCAUUCGGCUUCGGUGCCCAGCAGGGAAUGAUCACAACAGUACUGAAUGCACAGUUGCGAACAUCACCAUCUUGCAAAGUCUGUUUCUUUGCUGAGCUGCGCCUCGAUCCUUUUUUUCUUUUUUACACAACAUUGGAAUUCAAAGUGCCAAUUAACUGACCACUGAGCUUCAAUACCCGUGCGAAGAAUUUUGUUUUUACUUCAUCGAAAUGGAUUGGUUUCGAUGUGUACAAUCUUUGCUCAAGAUCGCUGCCCUUAUCCUGUUUGGUUACGCAAUCACCGCUGUUUCAUCCGAGGAUUCCACGUCGAAUUCUGAGUUUCCCAGUCGAAAUAGCGACGUCAGUUUCGUGGAUAAGAGGACCAAUUACAGCCGGCCGCCAGGAGACAAUCCGUCGUCUAGGAAAUCCUUUGCUCGAUCAGCCAAUCUUGACUCAAGAAUCCGACCCAGAAGGAAUGCAACAACGUCAUCCGGAGCAAGGGGAAAAGUCAUCCCAGCGGUGAUACCGGUCGAAGAUGCCGGCGCGAUAAUCCAUCAAAGAAGAGAUACGGUUCGACAGAUGAUGAAACACGCGUGGGACGGCUACGUGAAAUAUGCGUGGGGCUAUCACGAACUCCGCCCAAUCAGUCGUCACGGGCACAGCUCCUCGCUUUUCGGCGAUUUCAGCAACACGGGCGUCACCAUUGUCGACAGCCUCGAUACCCUCUACAUCAUGGGACUGAUGGACGAGUUCCAGCGAGCCAGAGACUGGAUCGAACACAAUUUGGAUUUCAAGAAACUGACGUGGGGCGAGGUAUCGGUCUUCGAGAUCAACAUACGUUUCGUCGGGGGUCUUUUGUCUUGUUUCGCCUUGACAGGCGAUCGCAUGUUCAGAGAAAAGGCCUUGCUGAUAGCUGAGAGGCUCUUGCCAGCCUUUGACACUCCGACGGGAAUUCCGUUAGGGAUAGUCAAUAUGGAGAAUGGGGUAAGCCGGAAUCCGUCGUGGGCCAGCGAAGGUUCUAGCAUCUUGUCAGAAUUGGGCACAUUGAGCUUAGAGUUCAAUUACCUGUCGGACGUUACGGGAAAGGACGUUUUCCGGCAGAAGAUUCAAAAGCUCACGGGAACGAUUAAAAGGUUGGAUCGACAUGCCGAUGGAGGUCUCUAUCCAAAUUUCAUCAAUCCUUGGACCGGGGAUUGGGGCGAUCGCCAUGUGUCCAUGGGGGCGUUUGGCGAUUCUUUCUACGAAUAUUUGCUCAAGUCUUGGCUACUUAGCGGGCGACAGGACGAUGAAGCCCGUUUAAUGUACAUCGACGCUGUAGAAGCCGCAUUGGCCAAGUUAAUCCAAGUGUCGAGAGAAGGAUUUACUUAUUUUGCCGAUAGCAACUCGGGCAGACUGGAACACAAAAUGCAACACCUUGCGUGUUUCUCCGGAGGAAUGUUGGGUCUUGGAGGAUUUUACCUUGGCGAACCCUUCAAGAGACGUCACAUGGCCAUGGGAAAAGCUAUUACGCGGACGUGCCGUGAAUCUUACAAUCGGAGCACCAGCCAACUUGGACCGGAGACGUUUCGAUUUAACGAACAGCUGGAAGCCGAAGGUUUAGAACCGGAGGCUGCGUAUCUGUUGCGUCCGGAAGUUGUGGAAUCCUACUUUAUUAUGUGGAGAUUGACGCAUGACCCAAUAUACCGCGAAUGGGGCUGGGACGUCGUGCUGGCACUGGAGAGACAUUGCCGAGUCGAAGGUGCGGGAUACAGCGGAUUGAAGAAUGUCAACGAAGAAAAGCCCGUCAAAGAUGACGUGCAGCAGAGCUUCUUCUUAGCUGAAACACUCAAGUAUCUCUACUUAUUGUUCAGCGAUGACGACGUCCUUCCAUUGGACCAGUGGGUAUUCAAUACGGAGGCCCACCCUCUUCCUGUGUCGUUGCCCAUCAAAGAUAUUUCAACUCCGAAUCCCAAAUUCGUAUUUAGAGACCAAAAAUGACGAGUAGUAUUAUAAUUACAAAUGACAUUUUUCUCAUUGA